GAAGUGGGCGUGGCGAGCGGAAGGAAGUGGACGGGAAGAAGAAGAAGAUGGCAGCGUUGUUACUACGACACGUCUGGUGAUUGAAGCCCCAGCCUGAGCCUGAGCUACAGCAGGAGCUCCACUUCCACAAGCUACAGCGCUUCCUGCGGCUUACUUUGUACUUUUGCUGCGGAUAUCAGGAUAUGAAUAAUAACAACAUGGCUGCACUUGUACCAGAAAUCCGAGGACUUCAUGUCGACGAGGACGAAAGCAGGAUCUUAAGAGUAAAAGUCAUCGCUGGGAUUGGACUGGCUAAGAAGGAUAUUCUUGGUGCUAGUGACCCAUACACCAGACUUUCUCUGUACGACCCCGUGACUGGAGAACUCGUCAGUCUUCAAACUAAAACCAUCAAGAAGACGUUGGAUCCAAAGUGGAACGAGGAAUUCUACUUCAAAGUUCAUCCAAGGAAGCAUCGCCUUCUGCUCGAAGUGUUUGAUGAGAAUCGUUUGGUGAACAGCAGUGGCGGGAACAGGAAGAGCACGCUGCAGAUUUCCUUGCAUUCUUCCAGCAGGCAGAAUUUGGAUGUAGAAGGUUGCGGUGGCGGUGGAGAGGAAACAGACCCUGGGAUUUGCGAUGGCAGUGCUGGAGGCAGCUCUGAUGGGGGGUCGUGUAGCAGCAGCACAGCUAGUGAUGUUGGAUACUGCAGCAGCAACAGCAUAUUCGAUUCGGACGUUGCUGAGCGUAAGACGUCCCAUGAUAAAGGCGUAUGCCGUCGGAGGACCAAGGCUCCCUUGCGCCGCUGCUCCUCGUUGGUUAUUUUCCCACGUAGUCCCUGCAACACACCGCCGGCUUCACCCGUCAGUCCCGUGGCAACUCCUCUGCUUCCCCCGUCCACCCGAGGACCUUUUCAGACCUCGCACCAGCUGCAGCUGUCUGCAACGGAUUCGUCUCUGGACGAGCCCAAGGUCUCAGUCGCCUCAGCGGUGAAUGGCGUGAGACUUUCCAAGAGUAGCUGUCAGCCCGCUGAGGUUCGGGAUGCCAGGCCCAUCCUGCAUUUUAGCUUUUCGACUGACUCGGCAAUAAGAUCUGAACAACCCGAAAGGCACUCCAGUGUCCUGGUGCACUCUGCAAACCAGCCCCCGCUUCCACCUGGGAAAGGAAACGCGGCCAGAACUGUGGUCAACAUCGACUGCUCUAAAGCCUCGGAAAAGUCAGAGGAAGCCAACACUAAACUUGGGAACCGUAAUCCGAAGCUGUGCCGUAGCACCUCAGCCUGCAUGCUUCUCACGGAGAAGAGACACCACACAUGUCCGACUAUCGGCAAAUCGAACGCACCUCAGGAAAUCGGUUUUCACCGAGGCUUGCAGAGGAGUAUUUCCCUCGAGGUGCCCUUCUUGAACACUGGGAUAUCAUGCCAUUUGUCCAACACAAAACAGCUCAGCUGCAUGAAUGGAGCGGCACAUGUGCAUAUACACGUGUCUCGAGGGAAUGGUGUGAAAGCGUCCGACUCGCCAAAGGAUACCAGCACCAGUGAUAAAAAGGAGCAGGCUCUUACCAACUCUGGGACGCGUGAUGAUUUUCUGGGUCAGGUGGACGUUCCUCUGCAUCAGAUCCCAACAGAAGCAAUGGGCAGCGAGAGACCGUACACAUUUAAAGACUUUCUGCUCCAUCCAAGAAGCCACAAGUCAAGGGUCAAAGGUCACCUGAGGCUAAAGAUGACCUACCUGCCCAAGAACAACGGUUCUGAGGAGGAGCAGACGGAGCAGGUCGAGGAAGUGGACCCCGGUUGGGAGUUCCUGGAGAGUCAGGAUGUGUGCGGGCCGUGCCAGCCUCACCAGCUGCCCGCGCUGCCCCCUGGCUGGGAGGAGAGGCAGGACAACCUCGGCAGGACCUACUACGUCAACCACGAGAACCGCACCACACAGUGGCACAGACCCACUAUCCAGGACGUGCAGAGAGAGGCAGAGCAGAGGCAGAGCACACACGUACAGCUUCCUUUCAUCACACGCCGACAGAUCUCUGACCAUGAUGAGAACAACGAGCGCAGAGAGUCGCCCGAGAGUUGGGAGAUCAUCACUGAGGAUGAGGGCACUCUGUACAGCAGUCAGAAUCAGGUCUCUCCCCCUCCUCCUCACUCACCGCUGGAUUACACGACUUUCUCCGAGGAGUUCUGCAGGUUACAGACAGGCAGCGAGAGGCGCACCUCUGUCCCGGGCCAUGGCAGUCGCAGAGGGAGCGCGCCGUUGCUGACUGUAGAGGAGCAUCCGGUUCAUCCUGUGAUGCUGCCCACGACUCCGGGUUUGCCCCCUGGCUGGGAGGAGAAGCAGGACAGUAAGGGUCGAGUUUAUUACAUCAACCACAAGAGCAGAACCACCACCUGGACCAGGCCACUUGUCCAGUUGAUCCAGCCGGCUGAAGGAGCUGCCUCGUCUCCAGCAGGAGUGUGUGGUCGCUCUCCGAGCCCCACGGUGUACGCACCGCCCCAAGCCUCGCCCCAAGCCUCGCCCCUGCACUCGCCCGGCCCACAGCACACACACAACUUUGAGUUCACAGGCUCCAUGCCUCCAGGCUGGGAGGUCCGGAGCGCUCCAAACGGACGGCCGUUCUUCAUCGACCACAACACCAAGAGCACUACAUGGGAAGACCCCAGGUUGAGGAUUCCUGUUCACAUGAGGAAACAAGCCUCGCUCGACCCCAACGACCUCGGCCCGCUGCCGCCUGGCUGGGAGGAGAGGGUUCACAGUGACGGAAGAAUCUUCUACAUCGAUCACAAUACUAAGACCACGCAAUGGGAAGAUCCCAGACUGCAGAACUCUGCCAUUACCGGACCAGCCGUGCCUUACUCCAGAGACUACAAGCAGAAGUACGAGUAUUUCCGCAAGAAGCUCAAGAAACCAGGAGACAUCCCGAAUCGUUUCGAGAUGUCCGUGAGACGGAAUGCUCUUCUGGAAGACUCGUACCGCCGCAUCCUGUCCGUCAAACGACCCGACCUCCUCAAGGCCCGCCUCUGGGUGGAGUUUGCAGGGGAGAGGGGGCUGGAUUACGGGGGCGUGGCCAGAGAGUGGUUCUUCCUCAUCUCCAAGGAGAUGUUCAACCCUUAUUACGGGCUGUUUGAGUACUCUGCUCUGGACAACUUCACGCUGCAGAUCAACCCAAACUCAGGCCUCUGCAACGAGGAUCAUCUCUCCUACUUCAAAUUCAUCGGGCGUGUGGCGGGGAUGGCCGUCUACCACGGCAAGCUGCUGGACGCAUUUUUCAUUCGACCGUUCUACAAGAUGAUGCUGCAGAAGCCAAUCACAUUACAGGACAUGGAAUCUGUGGACAGCGAGUACUUUAACUCUCUGAAAUGGAUCCUGGAGAACGACCCCACUGACCUGGACCUCCGCUUCACCAUCGACGAGGAGCUCUUUGGACAGACGCACCAGCACGAGUUAAAGCCAGGCGGCGAUGACAUCGUCGUCACCGACUCCAACAAGAAAGAGUACAUCCACCUUGUGAUGCAGUGGAGGUUUGUGAACCGGGUUCAGAAGCAAAUGUCCGCCUUCAAGGAGGGCUUCUACGAGCUCAUCCCGCAGGAUCUGAUUAAGAUCUUCGAUGAGAACGAGCUGGAGCUGCUGAUGUGUGGUUUGGGGGACGUGGACGUUAACGACUGGAGAGAAAACACCAAGUAUAAGAACGGCUACGGGCCCAACCAGCCCGUCAUCCAGUGGUUCUGGAAGGCUGUGCUGCUGAUGGAUGCGGAGAAGCGAAUCCGGUUGCUGCAGUUUGUGACGGGAACGUCUCGCGUGCCGAUGAACGGUUUUGCUGAGCUCUAUGGGUCCAACGGGCCGCAGUUAUUCACCAUCGAGCAGUGGGGAACCCGAGACAAACUGCCCCGAGCUCACACAUGUUUUAACCGUCUGGAUCUGCCUCCGUACGAGUCGUUCGAGGAGCUCCGUGAGAAGCUGAACAUUGCCAUUGAGAACACUCAGGGCUUCGACGGAGUCGACUAGAGGAGUCACGGCGACGGUGUUACCAUGGACAACAAGGCACGGAGGGUGUAGCGGGCGUACGAGGCACGUCGGGUGCUCACGUCACGCUCGUGUUGCAGUGACAUAUCUGUCAGAGAAGACACUUUUUUUCUGCAGUCAAGGUGUCGAGGAAGCCUGAUCUACAGAAAAUCCCACAAUGCUAUUAUUAUCACUGCUUAAAGCUCUGCAUCACGAGCUCGCGGCUUUCUACGACGUUUACACAAAUGUACGUUUCUGUACACCGAUCCAAAUAAACGAUAUAUAUGUAUGUAGACUUAAUGAACACCUGCAGGUUUUACCGUCAGCACACAGAAUCUAUAUUGCACAAUUGCGUAAGCUUUUUGAAGUGAACUGUCUGCGGUUUCUCGGACAGUAUAUUCAGUGUUUUUUUAAUGAAUUAACAGCCUGUAUAAUGCACUGUAUCAUUUGCAGUUAUUCUACGGAUUAUAAACUUGCCUAUAAAUGUAUAAAUCACGAUAUCGCUCUUGAUAUUAAUACUCAUCAGCAGUGUUUUGGUGUUUUGAAGAAGGGUUGACACGGUUUUGCCUCCAUCUCAGGGUUUGGUGGCAGUAUUCGUUAUAGACGCUUGUGUCUUUGUCUUAUUUUAUCUUUCCUUUCUGGGUUUUUUUUCUCGAUUUAUUCCUUCGACACGCUUUAAAACGGCGUUUACGUGAACCUGGUUUACCAGCGGCUCGCUUCAGGAAACGCAAGGUCUAAAAUCUUUUCUCUUCAUAUCAAAUUUUGUACUUUAACACCUUCAGAGGGUCUUUUAUAACAACAGAAUUAGUCUUAAUCUGCGUCUGGGUCUCGGCCAACGAGCUCAUUCGUCCUCGUGUUUGAUUUGUGGAAGAAAUCCUCAGCUUGGCCUGUUUCUCGGAUAUGUUUACAUGCUGAGCGUAAGCACUUUCUCUUUCUCACUGUAGAGUUUUAUCAGACUGUUAAACUUCAGUGCCCGCGUCUAUCUGUGAGAUCAGCUGAUCAGCUGUUUUGUUGCUCCAUGUUAAAACAAAUCCAUGUUGUUUAGAGUUUUUUUUUUUUCUUUCUUAAACUGAUUAGGAAUUUUAUCAGAAUAUUCACCCUUUAUGCAGAGGAGCAAAUGUUCAGCACUUGUACAAAAUUACUGUGUGGAGGACCAGGGGGCAAAAAAGAAAAUAAAUAAAAUAAUAAAUAAAUAUCUUAAGAAUUAUAGUCCUUAGUUGCUAAUAAAUAGUCAAUCAAAUUAAAAUUAUAUUUACAUAAAUAUAAAUCCUGAGUAGUAUUUUUGCCUAUCAGUUUUUAUAAAUAGAAAUAUUUUAUAUGAAUUAACAAUUGAUAAUAAAUAAUAAAUUUAGGAAUACAUACACCUUUUUUAUUUUUUUUCUUAAUAUAUUUAUAGUUUCUUUAUUAAUUUUAUUUUGUUUUUAUUUUUUUCCCGCUCUGGUCCACCAUUUUCAGCAAUAUAAGGGGAUAAAAUUAUUAUAAAAGAAAACAUGCCUUUAAUCUGGAAUAUAAAUCAUAAUGGUUUAAUCGGGUUAUGUGCCAGUGUUAUUGGCAACAUAUUUUGGGGAAACAAAUAAAGAGAAAUGGAAAUA